AUGCAGGAUUAUGGGUUUAGUAAAACUUUAAACACCUCCCGCCCACCCUAUAGUAAUAUGACGGACGCAAGGUGGUUCUCUCGUUUUGGGAGGACGUCAUAUGACGUCCUCCAAUUCUAAACGUGCAGAUCGCCGCAGAAGAUGUCAGCCCGGUCAUGUGAUCAGCUGUGUCCAAUCACAGCUCAUCACAUGUAAAUAGAGAAAUUCCGGUUAUCGGCAUUUCUCUCCCCACGAGCUGUCAUGCUGACAGCU